CCUGACGGAGCCAGACUAACACAGGACGAUGAAGAUGUCCGGAGGAGUGACGAGGGCCUGUGUUGCUCUGUUCUUUGUCCUGACUUCUGUCUCCGCUGUACAGAAAUCACUGAAAUCAAUCAAUGAUUUGAAGAAAAUCAACUUUGACACAUCUGUGUCCAAGCACAGUCUUGUGCUGCUCUACUGGUUUGCCAAUACAGUUGACAUGAACAACAACAAUAUCAUAAGGCUGACCUUUGACCCGAACAGAGAUUACGGCUCACAUCAUUAUGGCAACUUUGAGGGUCUGUUGGAGCCUCUGCCUCGGGGAAAUUCAUACCGGUACUUCACUGUUGGCAACCUUCAAGAAAGAGAUACUCAAAACAGGAUGCUACUUCCAUCUUAUGUUGCCCAUCCCCCAAGGGCGGAGUUUGCGGGAAGAAACAUGGACAGGAUCAUAUUCCGCACCAGGGAGCAGAACACGGUAGACCAAGUGUACAUCACGCAGCAUUAUGACACUUCUGAACAGCAGGGAACACGUUAUGAUCCAGACCACACCUACCAGAUAACUACCUACCUCCUGAGACAGAUCAGAGAGUUUUCUGUUGGAGGAAACCAACAAUCACUGUUGCAGCUCAGGAACCGCUAUGGAAGCAACGCUGAUAAUUCCCAGCUCAGAAACAUGUGGGGAGAGCUUACAAGCCUUGGACUGCUGUUGUUUAUUGUGAUCCAAGAAAAGUACUCCUCUACCCAAGACAACAACAGACGGGGAAAUAGACAAAAUCAUUUGGAUGAUGAUCCUCCAAAGAGGGAGAGAAAGAGAGAGAGCAAUGUUCCUCGACCUUUUAAAGAUCAUGUUGCCGUGAACAUCGACGACUGGGAGGAUUACAGAAACAACAGGAUCAACAAUGUGAAGGACCACAGACCCUACAGGAUCAACAAUGUGGAGGACCACAGAGCCUACAGGAUGACGGAGAAUAGGGAAUCAGGCAUGUCGCGCUGUUGUAUUUGCUGUAUUUGCUUUACCUGUUGUAUUGUUUUGGGUAUCGCUUUGGGUGUUUAUUUCUCUCUUUUCUACAAAAGAGGAUAAGAUGAGACUUUAAAAACUUUAUUUGCUGUGCAGCAGUUGCAUUCUAAAGUAGGACGAGUGAAAAUAUAGAGUGCAAAUAUAAAUAAGAUGAAAAUAAGGAGAAAAAAAUUGAAAAAAAUAUAAUGAUGGAUCAGAUUUUACAGGGAAUUUUGAUCACAUUUGUACAAAAAAAAGGUCAUAGUUUCAUUGCUGUACUUGCUUACUGUAUUAUGUAAAGAGUCACUUUUUAGAACACGUUUUUACUGUAAUUAUCAGGUCUUUGGGUUUUUAUUGCUUAGACUUUGUGUGUAUCCUUAUUUCCUUAAUGUAUAAAUCUGUACUUUUUUUUCUUUACUCAGCUGCUUCAUUUUUUGCCAUUUCUUUGGUAGUUUGUCAGAGAUAAAGUUGAGAUUUAUUGUGAUUUUUGUAUCCAAACUCUCAAGUCAAAGAGCUAGAGUGAAUAAUGCAAGCUGUGACUUAAAAAAAAAAAAUUUUGCACUGAAGUUGUGAAUCUUCCAAACCUUCUCAACCCUAAAACUAAGCACUUCUUUUCUUUU